GGAAAAUGGUCAACUUGGAAACCAUGGAGCCCUUGCUCAGUCACGUGUGGUGAAGGUAGCCAAUCACGAUCAAGAAUGUGUACAAAUCCUCCACCCGCACAUGGGGGUAACCAGUGUGUAGGUUUGGGCAAACAGACUAGAAAAUGCAAAACAAAAAAAUGCCCAGUUGAUGGUAAAUGGUCCGAUUGGAGACCGUGGRRAUCUUGCUCAGCAACUUGUGGAAGCGGAAUGCAAUCACGGUACAGAAACUGUACUAAUCCUGCACCAGCACAUGGCGGUAAAGCGUGUGUGGGUGAUUCAACCGAAUCUCGAGAAUGUUCAACGAAAUCUUGUCCAGUUGAUGGUAACUGGUCAGACUGGGAUCCAUGGGGAUCUUGUUCAGUUACUUGUGGUGGUGGAAGUCAAUCACGAUCCAGAAACUGUACUAAUCCAGCACAAGCUCAUGGUGGCAAAGAUUGUGUGGGAACGUCAACUGAAUCUAGAGAAUGUUCAACCAACGCUUGUAAAGUCGAUGGUAACUGGUCAGAAUGGGAUCCAUGGGGAUCUUGUUCAGUUUCUUGUGGUGGCGGAAAGCAAUCGCGAUCCAGAGGUUGUACUAAUCCUGCACCAGCACAUGGUGGCAACGAUUGUGUAGGAGAUUCCACUGAAUCUAGAAAAUGUUCAACGAAAGCUUGUCCAGUUGAUGGUAACUGGUCAGACUGGGAUCCAUGGGGAUCUUGCUCAGUCACUUGUGGUGACGGAAGCCAAUCGCGAUUAAGAARUUGUUCUAAUCCUGCACCAGCACAUGGUGGUAAAGCKUGUGAGGGUGAUUCAACCGAAUCUAGAAAAUGUUCAACCAAAGCUUGUCCAGUUGAUGGUAACUGGUCAGAAUGGGAACCAUGGGGAUUUUGUUCAGUAACAUGUGGUGGUGGAAGCCAAUCGCGAUCCAGAAACUGUAACAAUCCUGCACCAGCUAAUGGUGGCCAAGAUUGCGCGGGUGAUUCAACCGAAUCUAGAGAAUGUUCAACCAAAGAUUGUCCAGUUGAUGGUAACUGGUCAGACUGGGAUCCCUGGGGAUCUUGUUCAGUUACUUGUGGUGGUGGAAAGCAAUCGAGAUCCAGAAGUUGUACUAAUCCUGCACCAGCACAUGGUGGCAAAGAUUGCGUAGGAGAUUCCACUGAAUCUAGAAAAUGUUCAACUACAUCUUGUCCAGUUGAUGGUAACUGGUCAGACUGGGAUCCAUGGGGAUCUUGCUCAGUCACUUGUGGUGGCGGAAGCCAAUCGCGAUCAAGAAACUGUAUCAAUCCCGCACCAGCACAUGGUGGCAAAGAUUGUGUGGGUGAUUCAACCGAAUCUAGGAAAUGUGCGUCAAAAGCCUGUCCAGUUGAUGGUAAUUGGUCAGACUGGGAUCCCUGGAGAUCUUGUUCAGUUUCUUGUGGUGGCGGAAAACAAUCGCGAUCCAGAAAUUGUACUAAUCCUUCACCAGCACAUGGUGGAAACGAUUGUGUGGGAACUCCAACUGAAUCUAGAGAAUGCUCAACCAAAGCUUGUCCAGUUGAUGGCAACUGGUCAGACUGGGAUCCAUGGGAAUCUUGUUCAGUCACUUGUGGUGGCGGAAGCCAAUCACGAUCCAGGUAUUGUACUAAUCCAGCACCAGCUCAUGGUGGUAURGGUUGUCUGGGAGACUCAAAAGAGUCUAGAGAAUGUUCAACCAAAGCUUGUCCAGGCUGUAAGGAAGGUGCUUAUGUCUACGAUAAAUGUAGUCAGCGUUGUGUGUGCUCAUCAUCKGGUGCCUUGGUCAAGUGCACUCGYAUAAGAAAAGAGUUUACUUCAAUGAAUGUGGAUGAGCGUCAAAGAUAUAUCGAUGCUAUACUCACAGUUUCCACAUCUAGCAAAUUCAAGGCUGAAUACGACAGUUUACUCACGAUCCACAAAGUAUUGUUCGUUCCAUCAGGUAUACACAGACAAGAGCACUUCUUAACAUGGCAUCGGUGGUUCAUUUUACAAUAUGAGAACCUUCUUCGACGUGUUGACUGUAAUAUCACCGUACCUUACUGGGACUGGAGUGUUGUAUCAGGAAAUCCAUGGGGCACUCUCCCUAAGGACGUAUGGUAUGAUGGCAAAGGUGGUUUUGGAGGAAACGGGGUUGCACCUUACGGAUGCGUUGGAAAUGGUCCCUUUAAGAGUCCAUGGCAACURGUKCCAUCAGCUCAGCUUCCUUUUCCUCCUGGUGCUCCUAGAUGUUUGAGGAGGUUCUUCAAUGGAAGACCUCCAGAUAGUGUGGCAGUAGCUAAAGUKUUAGCCGUGGGUCCUGAAAAGUUCAAUGAUUUUGAGAUUAAUCUAAGAAUUAACUUGCAUGAUCUUACUCACUGUGCUAUUGACGGUACGAUGUGCUCAUUCGACUCUGCAGCUGCACCUGAAUUCUUUCUUCAUCAUGGUUUUAUAGACAAGUUGUGGGACGAUUGGCAAAAGAAGAGCGCAAGACAUAUGAAUGUAUUCUUCAAUGAAACAACGUUUACAGAUAAUAUGCCCAGUACAAACUUACAUCCUCGUUCUGUUCUGGACAACAAUAACUUGUUGGGUCACAUAAGRGUUGAAUACCAAACAACCACUAACCCUACUAUUGCUAACGUUCUUACAAGGCUAAGAAGUCUUUCUCCAGAGAUUUUGAGUCGUAUACCAAGAAGAGAUUUCAGCCCAUUAUCGUCGAAAGCAAUUAAGCUUUUUGGAUUGACUGCUGAAGAAUUAGAAAAGGCAAGACGUCUCGAUAAACUACUAAGACCACAGAUUAGGCAAACAGCAGGAGCUKCAAGAACCGCCAUCGACAAAGGGCUUGGUUUUGAUAGCAAAUUUCUUAACUACUUCCCCUCGCAUUAAAAAUUAUAAAACCAAGAUUGUUUGGAAAUAAAAAAAACAU